CACAGAAGCUACUUUGCUACUGGUAACUGGAUCUUUGGGAAGGGAUGCCCGGAUGCCGCCAGGGCCACCGCUGCUUCUCCAUUCCCCAGACACUCUUGCGUGUCUUUGACAUCCAUGGACAAAUCCGCUGCAAGACAACAGCUUCCUCUUCUCGCUGGCUGGCUCGGCAAGUCAAAGACCCAGCUGCUAAAGACGCAAAGCUCAGCCAGCUAAGAGCCCGAUCUGCUUAUAAACUCAUGGAGAUCAACGAGAAGCACAAAAUCUUCAAAAAGGGACAGACUGUGGUGGAUCUUGGCUUCGCUCCUGGUGCGUGGUCACAAGUUGCCAUCUCCAAUGUGGGUGCAAGAGGACGGGUGCUUGGCAUUGACAUCUUGCCGGCAACUCCACCAAAGGGAGUCUCUUCUAUGCAAGCAAACUUUUUGUCUCGGAGAACUCAUAAUGCCAUUGUCACCUACCUCUCUGACCCAGAUCGUGGACGUCGCAUAUCCCUUUCGACGCCAGCGCGCAAGGAUGAUCCUGAAGAUGCAGAGGCUCUCGCGGCUAUUGAAGAUGCCCUGGAGCCAGAAUCUUACAUUGAUCUCGAGAAGCGAGUCUUGUCUGCAGAUGCCUUGCAAGACGAAGCAGGAAUCCACCGUGAUAUCGAAGAGACUCGGCCAAAGCUUGUGGAUGUAGUCCUGAGCGACAUGUUUGUUCCCCUCCCGAAUGGCGGUGCAUACCAUACUCAGCAGUAUCUGAUGGCGCAUUAUAGGAUGAGCAACACGACAGGUCUAAAGGCAGCUGACCACGGCGCGUCUAUCGAUCUCUGCGACUGUGCCCUUCUCUUCUGCAUAGACACACUCAAGCGGGGCGGUCAUUUUGUGUGCAAAGUUUUUAAUGGCCCAGAGGCUGCAGGACUUAAGGACCGUAUGAAGAAGGUUUUCCGACAGGUGCACGUUAUGAAGCCGGAUAGCUCACGCAAAGAAUCUGUUGAAGUGUACUUCAUUGGAAUGCGCAAACGCCCAGACAUUGAUCGCAAAAGCGUCACUUGGGAGUCUAUAGAUGGUGAGAUUUAACUCUAUGCGAUAUGUAUAAGCAAGAUUGUAAAAGAUGCGUUUU